AUGGUUAUCGAGUACUGGUACCGGAUCCAGUCCUUCUCCUGGGACACUCUAGACACUCUCUGCACUCUGGACAUUCUAGACACUCUGGACACUCUAGACACUCUGGACACUCUAGACACUCUGGACACUCCAGACACUCCAGACACUCUAGACACUCCAGACACUCCAGACACUUUAGACACUCCAGACACUCUAGGCACUCUAGACACUCUGGACACUCUAGACACUCUAGGCAGUCUAGACACUCUAGGCAGUCUAGACACUCUCUGCACUCUAGACACUCUAGGCAGUCUAGACACUCUGGACACUCUAGGCAGUCUAGACACUCUAGACACUCUCUGCACUCUAGACACUCUCUGCACUCUAGACACUCUGGACACUCUAGACACUCUCUGCAUUCUAGACACUCUAGACACUCCAGACACUCUAGACACUCUCUGCACUCUAGACACUCCAGACACUCUAGACACGCUAGGCAGUCUAGACACUCUAGGCAGUCUAGACACUCUAGACACUCUCUGCACUCUAGACACUCUCUGCACUCUAGACACUCUGGACACUCUAGACACUCUAGACACUCUCUGCACUCUAGACACGCUAGACACUCUCUGCACUCUAGACACUCUAGACACUCUCUGCACUCUAGACACUUUAGACACUCUCUGCACUCUAGACAGUCUAGCUUAUGGCGACACUCUGGACACUCUAGACACUCUCUGCACUCUGGACACUCUAGACACUCUCUGCACUCUGGACAUUCUAGACACUCUGGACACUCUAGACACUCUGGACACUCUAGACACUCUGGACACUCUAGACACUCUGGACACUCUGGACACUCUAGACACUCUGGACACUCCAGACACUCUGGACAGUCUAGACACUCUAGACACUCAAGACACUUUCUGCACUCUAGACAGUCUGGACACUCUAGACAGUCUAGACACUCCAGACACUCUAGACAGUCUAGACACUCUAGACAGUCUAGACACUCUCUGCACUCUAGACACUCUAGACACUCUAUGCACUCUGGACACCCUAGACACUCUAGACACUCUCUGCACUCUAGACACUCUCUGCACUCUGGACACUCUAGACAGUCUAGACACUCUCUGCACUCUAGACACUCUAGACACUCUAGACACUCUGGGCACUCUGGACACUCCAGACACUCUGGACAGUCUAGACACUCUGGACACUCUAGACACUCUGGACAGUCUAGACACUCUGGACACUCUAGACACUCUAGACACUCUGGACAGUCUAGACACUCUGGACAGUCUAGACACUCUGGACACUCUAGACACUUUAGACACUCCAGACAGCCUAGACAGUCUGAACACUCUAGACAGUCUAGACAUUCUAGACACUCCAGACAGUCUAGACAGUCUAGACACUCCAGACAGUCUGGACACUCUAGACAGUCUAGACACUCUAGACAGUCUGGACACUCUAGACAGUCUAGACACUCCAGACACUCUAGACAGUCUGGACAGUCUAGACAGUCUAGACACUCUAGACAGUCUGGACAGUCUAGACACUCCAGACAGUCUAGACAGUCUAGACACUCUAGACAGUCUAGACACUCCAGACAGUCUAGACACUCUAGACACUCCACACAGUCUAGACACUCCAGACAGUCUAGACAGUCUAGACAGUCUGGACACUCUAUACAGUCUAGACACUCUAGACACUCCAGACACUCUAGACACUCCAGACAGUCUAGACACUCUAGACAGUCCAGACAGUCGAGACACUCCAGACAGUCUAGACACUCCAGACACUCUAGACAGUCUAAACACUCCAGACAGUCUAGACACUCUAGACACUCCAGACACUCUAGACACUCCAGACAGUCUAGACACUCUAGACACUCCAGACACUCUAGACAGUCUAGACACUCUAGACAGUCCAGACACUCCAGGCACUCUAGACACUCCAGACAGUCUAGACACUCUAGACACUCCAGACAGUCUAGACACUCUAGACACUCCAGACACUCCAGACAGUCUAGACAGUCUGGGCCUACCCCAAGAACCUUACUGCACAUCCUCUUUUUCAGCCCCCGCCAUCCGUCCCCCGACCACCUAA